AUGGCAUUAGAUAAAGAAGAAGCUUGCCUACGAGAUAGUGACGACGAUUCCGGCUUCAUUGAGGGAACUGCCAGUGUUGAAGGUGACAAGGACUCUCUGGUUGCCAGUGAAAUCAGGGCGACAUCAACACCAUUGGACGACACAAGGCAGGUUUCAAAUAAGGACUUCUCAUUUACCUAUGCUAAUCGUUUGACCAUUUCAAUUAGGCUGCAAGUCACUCAUUAUAGGCCAGCAACAGAAUGUGUAUUCAUCGAAAACACUGGUGUUCGAGAUUCAUACAAUGCAUCAUCCAUUCCAAUCUACAUGAGUGCCACUUUCAAACAAUCUUCAUCAAGCGAGAUGGGCGAAUAUGAUUACUCGAGAUCCGGAAAUCCAACUCGAACACAUCUUGAGUCGCAUUUGGCCAAACUUAUGGCUGCAAAGCGAGCUUUUGCGAUUACCAGUGGAAUGAGCGCACUAGAUGUCAUAUCACGACUGGUCAAGUCUGGGGAAGAAAUCAUUGCUGGUGAUGAUCUAUACGGAGGAACUAAUCGAUUGCUUACAUUCCUCAAAGAUAAUAAUGGAGUCACCGUACAUCAUGUAGAUACCACAACCGCAAGCAGUAUUUUACCCUUCCUGUCAGAAAAGACACGUCUCGUAUUACUAGAGACACCAACCAACCCCAUGAUAAAGAUUGCUGACAUACCCACCAUAUCCACCUUGGUACGAGCGCAAGCUCCUAACGCAAUUGUUGUCGUGGACAAUACUAUGAUGAGUCCAUACCUUCAAAAGUGCCUGGACCUCGGAGCAGACAUUGAGUACCACUCUGGAACCAAGUAUCUUAGCGGUCACCAUGAUCUUAUGGCUGGAGUUGUUGGUGUCAAAGAUGAGGCUCUUGCACAGAAAAUAUACUAUAUUAUCAAUGCUACAGGUUGUGGCUUGACACCUUUAGAUUCCUUUUUGCUAUUACGUGGCGUCAAGACGUUGGCUGUCCGAAUGGAUCGACAGCAAGCCAACGCUAGGAUUGUCGCUGAAUUUCUAGAAUCCAAAGGAUUCAAAGUGCACUACCCAGGUCUGCCUUCUCAUCCCCAAUACCAUUUACACAACAAGAUGGCAAAAGGACCAGGAGCUGUCCUGUCUUUUGAGACGGGUGAUGUUGAAAAGAGUGGAAGGGUUGUUGAAAGCACUCAUAUAUGGGCUAUUAGUGUGUCAUUUGGUUGUGUCAACUCGCUCAUAAGCAUGCCAUGUCGCAUGUCGCAUGCUUCGAUUCCUGCUCACGUGAGGAAAGAAAGAGCUCUUCCUGAAGAUCUAAUCAGGCUAUGUAUCGGUAUUGAAGAUGUGGAGGAUCUGGUGGAGGACCUGUCAAACGCUCUCACUACGGCCGGUUUCUAA